AUGUAUUCAAAACUCGCUAUAGUCAAUGCAGUCAUUGCAAUUUCUCAAUUAGCAUCAGCUGGACAUUAUAUGUGUUAUAACGGACAAUACUUUACUGAAGAAUAUGUGAACACUAUUGCCAAUAAGUGUUUUGGUGUCAGUGAAGGAUCAGUCGGCGGCUAUCCAAUGGGAUACGAAAACCUGCAGCAAAAUAUGCGUGGCAACUCAUUCCGCAAGUUUCCUCUACUUUUAAGUGGUGUUGAAUGGAACGGGGGAGAUUUUCAAUAUUUUGUUGCCAGUAACGGUGCUAGUGAAUCAAAAAAGGUUUUUCAUAAGAGUAGCAGAUUAGACGAAUUAUGCCCAUAUAGAAGGUAG